AUGUCUCGACAACUGAGCCUCGCCUCCAAGCUUAGGCCCCACCUCCCCCUCAACCGCUUCAACGACGAAAGUGGCGCAGCCGCCUACGCCGAAUCCCAGCGCGACGCCGUGGCCAACAUGCCCGAUGAGGCCUUUAGCACGCCCGAGGCCACCAGCGAGGCCGCCAUCCCCCUCGCAACCGCCAUCAAGCGACAACACACUCUCCGAGUCCGCUUCAGCGCCGCCCGCGAGAGCUGGGACUUUGACGUGGGCGGCCUGUACUACGUGUGGUACGUGGAGGGGGACGAGGACAUCGUGGCCGCGAUGAGCGGGCUGGAGCAGCAGCUGUCGACGCGGUACAUGGCGACGACAAGUCUGUGGAUCGCGCUGGUCCAGAUGGAGGAGCGGCAAUGGGCGGGGCGGAUCGCGGAGGAGUACCGGGUGACGAAGCUGGCGACGAUGGCUAUGUGGGAGCGUAUGGUGGCGUUCUGGGAGCCGUUGGCGAAGCGGUUGAAGGUGUUCUUGGAGGGUGACGUGGAGGGGAGGAAGGGGGAUGAGAUUAGGGCCGGGCUGCGCGAGAUCUUGAGCGGGUGGGAUGAGGUGCUGCCCCGGCCGAGCUCGCCAUUGAAGUGA